UAUAAGACCAUGGACUAUUUCUUGUAUGUCAAUUGUCAACACAUUUUAUUAAUUUACCACUUCUUUUAAACUUACACUUUUUCAAAAAAAUUUCCUCUCAUUUCUUUCAAUCAUCUGUAUUUUAUCUUCUUAUCACCCCAAAUGCAACCUAAAUCCUCUUGAACACAAUGUCAUCCUACAUUUUCAUUACCAUUUUUGCCUCAUUAAUCAUCAAAACCCGGUGCUCAGAUCAAAGUUAUACACUAUGUGCCCCUCAAAGUUGUGGCAACCUUUCAAGUAUAAGUUAUCCAUUUUGGAUUCCAAUCAAACAACCAUCAUAUUGUGGGCAUCCAAGCUUUAACAUAUCCUGCAAAAACAAUACAACUCCGAUCCUUAGAGUUUCAGAUAAUGAUUAUGUUAUAACCCAUGUUAAUUAUCGCAACCACACUUUUCAUCUGGUAAAUGAUGUUGUCUAUGACGGUUCUGUUACUUGCCCGACUCCCUCAAAUAAUUUAACCCUUGAACAUACACCAUUUAGUUUCACCACAAAUUCUGCUGAUUUUUUCCUGUUCUACAAUUGCUCAAAUAUUCCUACAACAUACUAUGUGUACUAUCCUAUAAGCUGUAAAGCGGGUGCAGACAAUAAAAAUGCAACUUACAAGUCUUUUGCUGAUUUUCAUUUCGAGGAUUUGAUUCAGCAAAACUAUUCGUUAGGUUUAUGUGAGUCCACGGUUGCAGUACCAGUGGAUUUGGAUAUGGAUGUGGACUCGGGUAAUGGUUAUGGUGCAAGUAGUUAUUGGAAGAUGAACUACAGGCAAAUUUUGAGUCAAGGAUUUACAUUGAAUUGGACUCUAAAUGAUUGCAGUGUGUGUGAAACUAGUGGCGGUCGAUGUGGUUUGGUUGAUGAUAAAUCUGUGUGUUUUUGCAAGGAUAAAACCCAUCCCAAAAAUUGCCGUGAUGGUAUCUUCCUCAUAUAUACUCUGUUUUAGAUUUCGUGUUAGAAUGAAGAGAAAGAUUGUAUGUAGUAUGGUGAAUUUCAUUGGUUCAUCUUACGAUGAUGUCUUUGUAUGUCAAUAGUUGAGGUGAUUUUGUUCGUUGGAUGCCAGUGUUUAGCCAAGGAGUAGAGAUGCAUAUAUUUUUUGCUGACCUAUGUUGCAUAAGUUUACAUAGCAGACUAGCUGUAGACUAUUGUGCUAAGAAUGUCUAUAAUCAUUCAUGCAACUGACUGUUCUGCAGGUACAAAUAUUGUACAUGUUUGUUAGACACUCUGGAAUUCAUAGUCUACAUUCCUAGUUACUGGCUUCAAAUUUAGUUAGCGAUUAAUAUAUGACAAAGAGAAAAGUUAUUCUAGAUUAUAUAAUUA